UGUCUCACCCAGGGGGUAGUCUAUGCGAGUUUGCUCUUCAUCCUGGGAGCCAUAUUUUUCUUCCCCUCUGACCAAGGGAACUUCAUAUGCAUAAAUCAACACUCAUGGGACAUCUUUCACAGAAAGGCCAAGGAAAAUUUUGAAUACAAUGCAUUUGCUCUAGUGAAACAGGGGCUUGAAAAGGGCCGCUCGGCGUUCCGACUGGUCACUAAUAUGGGUACCUAUUUGGUCCUGAAAGACCGAUAUUCGGAGGAGAUCAAAAACGACGAUAGAUUCAGUGCUUUUGAUGCAGUCGACGCUGUGUUACUCGUGGAAAUACCUGGUUUUGAGAGCAUGUUCCAAGGAUCGCUGCAUAAUCAUGCGUCUCCAUUCGCAGUUCGUGCGUUUAACAGGGAGCUUGGUAAUUCUUCGAACUCCUUUUGCCUUUCAGGAAUGCAUACUGAUUCCAAGGUUGCUGAAUAUAAUUGGCAUAACGUCUCAAUCCACGAAACAGUCCUGGACUUAGUUGCACGUAUGAUGACAAGAGCAUUUCUUGGGUCUGAGCUUUGUCGCAACGCCGAAUGGCUUGACAUUGCGAAAAGUUUCACAACGAAUCGCUUUGCAGCCGUCGCCGCUAUCCAAUCCUGGCCAAAGGUCCUUCAACCUGUGAUUCAUUGGUUCCUUCCCCCUUGCAAAGUGGUUCGCCGCCAAAUUCAGCGCGCGCGGAAUAUCCUUAUGCCAGUUCUAGAGCGUGAAAGGCGUGCUAAUCGUGAAGAUCAGUCAACUAAGCGGGAAUUCUCUAAUUUGGCUUUUAUCGACCAGUAUGCCAAGGGGGCUCGCUAUGAUGUUACUAUGUCCCAGAUGCGACUUAUUGCAGUCGCCUUUCAGACUACAAGUGAUAUGGUGGAAAAGGUGGUGGUAAGACUUUGCAAGCACCCAGACCUAAUCCAACCAUUACGUGACGAGGUGAUUUCGGUACUUGGGAAGGAUGGCAUACAUCACAAGUCUUUGAAUAAGCUUACUCUAAUGGAGAGUGUGAUGAAGGAAAGCCAGCGGCUUGAACCUGCUGUUCUCAUAUCUAUGUUCCGCGUAUGCAAACAAAACGUGACUUUACAGGAUGGUACAGUCGUUCCUAAAGGUACUAGCGUCGCAUUUGCAAAUGACCUCCGCUUCGAUCCGACACUAUACCCUGAGCCCGAAACAUUUGACGGCUACCGAUUUCAGAAGAUGAGGGAGGACCCUGAGAAAAGCGAUCUUGCGCCAUUUACCAAAACCAGAAUGAGUCACCUAGCUUUUGGCCAUGGGAAGCAUGCAUGCCCAGGUCGCUUUCUUGCCUGUGAUCAAGGAAAGCUUAUUUUGUCUCAUAUUCUCCUUAAUUAUGAGAUUCGGGCAGUAGAGGGAUCCCCCCCAGAUCUGCAGGUUCGUGGAAUGUUUGUUCAAAUGGAUCCUAGUGCGAUGAUGUCGAUAAAAUGUCGGGAGAAGGGAAUUACACUUCAAGCGUGA